AUCCGUCGCACCGCACGAACGGCGACCGACCAACCGGCCGCCCGUGUGGUCCCUUUGCAAAUAUGCCAUUUGCUACAGAGUCUGACCUUGAAGCGUGUUUCCCAGAAAAUAUACACUGCUAGCCUAAGUACCAAACACCUAUUCUGAACUGUGAAGCAGUGUCACAGUGUUAUAAAUAUAUAUCGACGUGUGCCUGCGUUAUCUUGGUCAUCCUCAUAAGCUCACGGAUAGGAACAAGUCGCAAUGACCGAUCCGAGCUUCUUCGUCGGGAUCCUAGGGAACGUAAUCUCCAUACUCGUCUUCGCGUCGCCGAUUGGCACGUUCCGGAGGAUCGUGAGGAACAAGGGCACGGAGGACUUCAGGUGGCUGCCGUACGUCACCACCCUGCUCAGCACCUCGCUCUGGACCUUCUACGGCCUCCUCAAGCCCGGCGGCCUCCUCGUCGUCACCGUCAACGGCGCCGGCGCCGCGCUCGAGGCCGUCUACGUCACGCUCUACCUUGCCUACGCGCCCAGGGAGACCAAGGCGAAGAUGGCGAAGCUGGUGCUGGCCGUGAACGUCGGUUUCCUUGCCGCGGUUGUCGUGGUGGUGCUGGUGUCGUUGCACGGCGGCGUCCGGCUGUUCGCGGUGGGGCUUCUGUGCGCCGCGCUGACGAUCGGGAUGUACGCAGCACCGCUGGGCGCAAUGCGGACAGUGGUGAAGACGAGGAGCGUGGAGUACAUGCCCUUCUCCCUGUCCUUCUUCCUCUUCCUCAACGGCGGCGUCUGGAGUGUCUACUCCGUGCUCGUCAAGGACUACUUCAUCGGAAUCCCCAACGCCAUCGGCUGCGUCCUGGGCGCGGCGCAGCUGGUGCUGUACAUGGCGUACUGGAAGUCGACGAAGCCGGCGGCACGCAAGGACGACGAGGCGGGGUCGGAGGAGGAGGAGGAAGGGCUGGUGCACCUGAUGGGGCAGGUGGAGAUGGCGCAGCGGAGGGUGCGGCUGCACAAGGGGCUCAGCCUGCCCAAGCCGUCGGCGGGGCCGCUGUCGUCGCCCCGCAACGGGUUCGGGCACAUCAAGUCCUUCUCCGCCACCCCCGUGGAGCUGCACUCCGUCCUGCACCAGCACGGGCACGGGCGCGGGCGCUUCGAGGCCGUCAAGAAGGACGACGACGAAGCAAACGAUUGACGCUACUCGAUCGAUGGUGCUAGCGUGCAGUGCAGGUGGUGUUUGACCAAGUCUGGGUAUGCACGCGUGUAUAUAGAGUGUUCAUGGAGAGAGUUUGAGUGCGUUUUUUAGGCAGAAAGCUUGAAUCUUGAACAAUUCUUCUUGAGGAAUAAACAUACUUAUUUGGUCCAACUGAAAA